GUGCGCUCUGAUCUUUGGCGCGGAGAGGCUGCACUCAGCGGCGCGCAAGGUGGCCAAAUGAAUCACCGCCCACCCGGCUCCUCCAGCGUGCAAUGGCUUAACAGAAGAGACAUGAGUGUCCGAACGGAGGACAACUUCAGCUUGUGCCAAAGGGCCCUUCAGAUCGUCACGGAGCUCUGUCUAGCGGGGCAUGUAGAUGGGGAGAAAUGCUCGGCUAUAUUUCCCUUGGAGAGCAACAUACAAGACAUCUCUAUCAGUCUCCUUGCUGUUGUCGUGGGUUUCUGUGGACUCGCCCUGUUGGUAGUCUCUCUCUUUGUCUUUUGGAAGCUGUGUUGGCCCAUCUGGAGGAGCAAGGCCCUCUCGUCCCACGUCGACAAUGGCCCCCGUGUCGGGCUCCCUGAGGCCCCUCCGCCAGCCCCCCUGCCCGUCACACCCCUCCACAAGGUGGCACCGAUGGAGGAGGAGAUGAAGCCUGUGCCAGUGGUGAAGGUGAACGGGCGUUGCAGCUCUGUGAAGCUGCUAGAGGCGGCCAUGAAGAUCAGCCAGACAUCCCCAGACAUCCCUGCUGAGGUGCAGACGGCUCUCAGGGAGAGGCUGGGCCAGCAGGCCAAGAUUCAGAGGCAGACCACCGACCCCACCUCGUCCUCCAGGCACAAUUCAUUCCGCCGCCAUCUGCCUCGCCAGAUGAACGUGACAAGUGUGGAUUUCAGCAUGGAUACGAUCCCCAUCCGCCAGUCGUCCACCGUAAGCAUCGGCCGCAUCAAGCCUGAGCUCUACAAGCAGAAGUCUGUGGACUCCGAGGACGGGACCCAGGAGCCGGUGGAGACGUGCGGUAAGCUGAGCUUCUCCCUGCUCUACGACUACGAGGAACAGGCGCUGGUGGUCACGAUCCUCAAGGCCCUGGAACUGCCGGCCAAGGACUUCACUGGCACCUCCGACCCUUACGUCAAGAUCUACCUGCUGCCAGAGAGGCAGAAGAAGUUCCAGACGCGGGUCCACCGCAAGACGCUCAACCCCACGUUCGACGAAGCCUUCUGCUUCCCCGUGGAGUACGACCAGUUGUGCAACCGCAAACUGCACUUCAGUGUCUACGACUUUGACCGCUUCACCAGCCACGACAUGAUCGGCGAGGUGGUGGUGGACAACCUCUUUGAGCUCUCCGACCUCUCGAGGGAGGCAGUGGUGUGGAAGGACAUUCACGCUGCGACCACGGAGAGUGUGGAUCUGGGGGAGAUCAUGUACUCUCUAUGCUACCUGCCCACAGCAGGUCGGAUGACACUGACUGUCAUCAAGUGCCGGAACCUCAAAGCCAUGGACAUCACUGGAUCCUCAGAUCCCUAUGUAAAGGUUUCCCUGCUCUGUGACGGACGGAGGCUGAAGAAGCGGAAAACUACCACCAAGAAAAGCACACUGAACCCGGUGUACAACGAGGCCAUCAUCUUUGACAUCCCCCCAGAGAACGUGGAACAGGUCAGCCUGUCCAUCAUGGUGAUGGACUACGACCGGGUGGGCCACAACGAGGUGAUAGGUGUGUGUCGGACGGGGCCAGAUGCUGAGGGCCUGGGGAGGUACCACUGGAACGAGAUGCUGGCCUACCCACGCAAGCCCAUUACGCACUGGCAUGCCCUGGGAGAGUGGCCAGGAAGAGCGACAAGCUUUGAGAGCCAGGGGUCCUGUCCUUCCCCCAAACCUCCACAAACUCCAUAGGAAAUACGAAUAGAAUCAUAUG